AUGUCAUCCAAGAAAAGUGUUUGGACACGUUCGUUAGGCUUCAGUAAAGAUGAAUCGUCAAACCUUCUCUCGAACCCAAGCUUCGAUACAAGCUGUCUCGAUAUAGGCUGGCGUCGCAAGAAGCUGAACGCGUCGUGCGAUCCAUGGCCGUACUUAUUCCCGUGGCGCGCGUUGGAACCUGGGGAAACAAUCUUAAGCGACGAGUUUUUGGCCACCGCAUCUGGCGGCGGAAACCGCGGAGCAUUGCUCGCGCCGGCGGGUGCGACACUGGCGGAAGCGGUCGCGACAGCAGGAGGAGCGACGGCGUCGCCUGCUGACGUGUCAAUAAAGGACGGGGUCACGGGAGUCACGGACACCUUAUUGGCAGCUGAUGGGUCCCGCUUUGUACGACUGACUUCCGCCUUUUCCGCGUCGCCUAUUAGCAACGACAGUUCCGGUGAUCGCAAUAGCAGUAGCGCGUUUGGCGGCCCAGCUGUAUUGCAAGCGCUGUGCGAACUCAAACCCGCGGCGCCGACCAGCAACGACUCGCAGCAGGCGCAGCAGCAGCAGUCCCCGCGCCAGCUGUCCCUCUCGUUCUUUGCGCGCGCCAGCCUGUGCGCGAAGGGUGGAGGGGGCGCGGAAGGGGAGGCGGAGCGGCUGUUGACGGUGCUGCUGCUGGCAGUUCCGCUCAACACCUCCGCCGCCGCCGCGGCAGGGGGAGGGGCAGGGGGGGGAGCGGCGGAGCAGGUGUGGGGGGAGUGGCGGGUGGGUGUGCCGUGUGGGGGGAGCAGCGCGAGUUUGUCCGGCGCCUUGCCUUGCACCACCACCGCCACCACCACCACCACCACCACCACCACCGCCACCACCAGCAGCGGUGCUGACAGCAGCGGGAGCAGUGGCUUCACCAUCACCUCCCUUGGCCUCCUGAUCCAUUCAACGUUACACGCCGCCCUUUCCCGCUCUGGAUCUUCCCUGCGAACGCUGCUCCGCUUCCCCAGACUACCCCUCUCCAUACACAGGCGGGCCUGGGGGCCACGGCAGGUGCGGAACUCUGGGCCGACGAGAGCAGCAGGAGCAGCACCCGCAGUGCAAGCCGCUGGUGGGGUAGCAGCAGCUGGUGCGGAGUCUGUAUCCCACAAUGCGGCAGCAGCAGCAGCAGCAGCAGCAGCAGCAGCAGCAGCGGAGGUUGUGGGAGCUAGACUUGGAGCAGCCGCGUUCACUGUUGCUGCGAGUACGGAAAGGGGAGCAGGAGCGGGAGCGAAGGUGGGGGUGAAGAGCGAGGAAGUGGCGUCGGAAGAUGGGAGCACUGCUAUCGACCUUGCGUCUGUCAUGCUCACUAGCACCGACCCCUCUCCUCUCAACUCCUUCUCCCACUGGCCGCUCUCCAGCGCCCAUCCGCUCCUCACAGCCGGCUCAGCUCGCCGCAACCGCGCCUCCCUCUCCCUCACCACGCUCUCCGACCUUAACUCUGCCUCUCUCGCGCUGCACCCCGCCCCCUUCGCCCUGCUCGCCCCUGCCACGCCCGCCUCCCCCUGCCGCCCCUUCUCCUUCUCCACCUCCUUCGCCUUCCGCAUCUCCUCCCCCAACGCCGCCGGGCUGGGCGGCGAGGGCUUGGCGUUUGUGAUGCUGCCGUCUCCCACACUCGGCCUGCCGGGGCCCUCCCUGGGCUACGGCCGCCUGCUGCUGCCACCUGGGAGCACUACCGGUGCCGAUAAUUCCAAUGACGUGUCAUCUCAGGUACAUGUCAUCUCAGGUACGUGUCAUCUCAGUUACGUGUCUUCUGAGGUACGUACGUGUCACCUCAGGUACGUGUCAUGUCAUCUCAGCUACGUGUCAUCUCUCGCUGUCCGUCUCUUGUCUGCGGGCUUCUUUAUCGCGUCUCAUCCGCCUGACUUACUUUGUUUAUCUUGUAUUUCUCACUCCUACUCUGCCACUUUGCUGUUUUGCUUAUCGGCUGCUACUCCCCCCUCCCACACGCGCUAUCCCCCCUCCCACACGCGCUAUCCACAGCAGCAGCGGAGCCUGGCAGUGGAAUUCGACACGUCCUCUUCUCCUGAGUUCUUGGACCGCCCCGACCACCACGUGGGGGUGAACCUGCACGGCACCAUGCUCUCUCUCGCCUCUGCCCCCGUGCACCCCGUCGGCAUUCCCUCCCUCAACGCUGGCAGCAGCGCCCCCCCCGCCACUGUUUGUGGGAUUCACAGCGGCCACAGGCAAGGGGGCAGAGCAGGCCCAGGCGCACGAGGUGCUGGGGUGGACCUUCCAAGUGGGGGAGGGUGA